UUAUUUUCCACCGAAUUUAAACAAACAUCUCUUUGACUAUGAAAUUAGUCGUUUAUUGCUGUUUUUGGAGGGACGCGAAAACAUCCUACUGUUGGGGGAUUUCAAUGCUAAGACCAGAAGAUGGGGUAGCCCAAAGGACCUUCCUAAAGGUAAAAUUCUGCUCGAUGCGAUUCGAAAGGCAAAUUUCAAAUGUUUAAACGAUGGUAGUCCUACUUUCGCUACUAGCAAAAACUGUCCAGGCAGCCUUUCAGUCUUAGAUCUUUCUUUUACUAACUCGAACUGUCAGCUUAUGUGGAAGGUGGUCCGUGUUUUUGUCGGGGGCAGCCAUCACUGGCCUAUUAUUAUAGAUCUUCCAAACGUUGCGAGCAAACCGGUUCCGUUCGUUCAAAAGCGAAAGCUUAACUCGGCGCUGGCUAGAAUUCACUGUAAUGAGGGGGUUGAUGGUAUCUGCGAGGCCAUAAAUAAGGAGAUUAAAGGAGCCACGAUUGAUUUAAACUCUGUAAAGGGUUCCCUCAAAGCGUGGUGGAACGAGUCAUUAAAAAAACAAUUUCGCCUGCUUUCGGCGUGCAGGAAGAAAGCGAGGCUGACGAACAAUGUUAGGGACUUUGAGGAAUUACUUAAUAUGGAAGAGGAGUGGAAAGCGGCUGUAAAAAAAGCAAAAGCGGACUGCUAUCGGGCGAGAAUUAGUGAGUUAAAUGAAUACCCGAACACUACAGAUGCAUGGAGGUUCGUAAAUAGUGUUAAGGGGACUCGUAAAAGUGUUCCAUUUUGGCCCAGUGAUGAGCAGGCUCAAUAUUUAGACUUAUUAAAAAACCAAUGCGCAGUGCGGACCGUUGAAGUGGGUCGGGACUGUCAGGUCAGCGACAAUGGGUGUAUGGACGAUUCGGGGUUAGAGUUUUCGGUGGAGGUGUUUGAUAGCGUUUUGAGGAAAAAGAAGAAAUCGGCGGGGGGCUUGGAUGGCGUAACAUUUGGUAUGCUGAAAGGGCUGCCGGUAGACACGAAGGAGGCUUUAGUUCACGAUUUUGAGAGGCAUUUUUUGGAGAAUAGAGUUAGAGAGGAGUGGAGGAAGAUCAAGAUCGUACCUAUUCCUAAGCAUGGGAAGGAUCUUAAUGAUAUUCAGAAUUUCAGACCUAUAUCGCUUCUUUCAGUGUUUGUGAAGAGUAUCAACAUGAUUAUAAAAGAAGAGCUAAUGGAAUGGGCGGAAAAAAAUAACGUUUUUCCGGAUGGCUGUUUUGCAUACAGAAAAGGGAAAUCGGCGACAAUGUGCCUUAAUGAGUUCAUUUACUGGUCCAGCAAAUUUAAGAAGUGUAGGAAAAAAGUUUUCGUGUGUGUAUUGGAUAUUUCCGACGCGUACAAUUGUGUCAGCAUCGACAAGUUAGAUUACAGACUAUUAAUUACAAGCACAGCAUCAUCAACGGUGAUUGCAAGAACUACUGCAAUCCCUGCGGUUUUUCCUCUUGGUAAAUGCACAUAGAGGUUGUAAAGUUUUUGGAAUCGAUGAACUUACUCGAAGAAGACGAUGGUCGAAAACAUAUGAUGAAACAUCUUCUGGCGUGCCUUUGACAAUCGUUAAGUUAAGACGGAGGCUUCACAUACGAUAUUUCACACAUGGCUGGAAUUCGUUAGCGGACAGAGCACACAUUUACAAAAUAUUUAUCGUUCUGCAGAACGUGCAUGCAUAUUCGAUUCCGAUUUUAUGGGACGAUUACGGAGGACAACCGAACUUCAGUGGGUUGGCCAGUGGCUGAAAUGGUAUUACCGAUGGCAACUAGCAACUGAAAGCUGGUAACUGAGUUGCUAUAUUGGCACGAACUAAUCAAGGCUGUCAUAGAAUCCAUCGUAGUCCGAUUUUCCGUGAAAUCUAUGAAAAUGCAAUUAAAUUCGAGUAGCUACGAAC